GGCUGCUUGCAUCUUCCUUGUCGGCUUCUUCAAUCUCAACCACAUAAUUGCAACUGCCACUGCACACUUUGUCUGAGUUAUUGUUCUUUUCUUCCAUAUUUUCUUUGACUAAAGUUGAUUAGCAUUGUACAUCAAAUAUCGAGUUUCUCUAUACGUAGUAUUUAUUGUACAAUUCCGUUUUCUUAGUUAAUACUAGCCUCAAAAGUUGAGUGAUUGAUACAUGCACAGAAUCAUCGAAUCCUCCAAAUUUUGUACGUAUAUUCUAUAUCAUCUCGCCAACUCAUUCGUGAUUUGUUUGUUGAGUGCUCACUAAUAUUCCUUCCAGAAAAACAAUAUUGAAUUUGUUCAAACCGGAAGCAUUCUUUUAUAUUCAUAAUAUGCAGCAUUUUGCACAUGGCGUCCGACAUGUCACGCACCCACAACAGUUUUUCUAUAUAAUAUAUGAAUUUUCUUGCACAUAUAUAAUUUAUACAUAAUCGUCAGAAACAAUGGCUGACUCCUUUCUUCGCAUUUUUCUUUGCUUAAAGCCUGCCCUUUUUUGAGAGUUGACCCUUCAAUCUCUUUCUCCAUCUCAUUUUUCAGUUUCUGGAAAGAGAUCACGAUCUUCAUAAACCAAUUAAUUUAUUCUGGGUAACCAAGCACGACCACAGAAUUGACAAGUAUGAGUAAUGUGAGUAAUGGGCAAAAGAAAUCCACUCCAGAUGAGUGCGAAAAUUCUUCACCUCCUGAAAUGGAGCAAGCUAAGAUUAAUGAGGUGAGACAGCUAAUCGGGCCACUGUCUGGUAACCUCGCGGUUUAUUGCUCUGAUGCAUCUAUUUCAAGAUAUUUGAGAGCACGAAACUGGAAUGUUAAGAAGGCCGUUAAAAUGCUUAAAGCAACUCUAAAAUGGAGGGAGGAGUUCAAGCCAGAAGAGAUUUGUUGGGAUGACGUAGCAGGAGAAGCAGAAACCGGGAAGAUCUAUAUAUCGAAUUACAAAGAUAAGAAUGGAAGGUCGGUCCUCGUCAUGAGACCUAGGUGCCAGAACUCAAAAUCGAUAAAAGGGCAGAUAAAAUAUUUGGUUUAUUGCAUGGAAAAUGCAAUUUUAGAUCUUCCUCCGGAACAAGACCAGAUGAUUUGGUUGAUUGAUUUCCACGGUUUCAAUGUUUCGCACAUAUCAAUCAAAGUUACACGAGAAACUGCCCAUGUACUGCAAGAGCACUACCCAGAGAGACUAGGCGUAGCAAUACUAUACGACGCGCCCAAGAUAUUUCAACCAUUUUGGAUGGUUGCCAAACCCUUCCUCGAGCCUAAAACGGCUAACAAAGUCAAUUUUGUGUAUGCGGACGAUCCCAACACAAACAAGAUCAUGAGCGAGCUGUUCGACAUGGAAAUGGUGGAGUCUGCAUUUGGUGGGAAAGAUGACUCAGAUUUCAACAUCACAAAGUAUGCUGAGAGAAUGAGAGAGGACGAUAAGAGAACCCUUUCAUAUUGGAAAACGCCAUCCCCUGCAACGCUAGUAGCUUCCCCAAGCUCGCAAAAUUUGAACUCACAGAAAUCCGAUGCACAACUCAAGUCUCAAGAUAAAGAGCACAUCAGCUGAUACUGCUUUGAUAUGUAAUAGCUAGACACAUUUAUUCAAUUAGCAUCUACUCUUAACUUAUCAACAUUUAAGUUUAGCCUUACUCAUCUAUGUUUACUCAACUCAAAAGGUAAUAAUACCAACAUCUUUUAUCUCUGGCAAA